GAAGGAGGCAGAUAAGUUUGCUUACAUAGUCAUACACUCAUACAUACAAAAUGAAAAGAGCUUUAAAUUUUUAGCCACUGUAUCCAACUGGUUAGAGGGGACCUAACCAAACAGUAAUAAAUACACCAUAAAGAGAUCCCCUCAUAGAUUCACACUCUUUUUUAAUCCCCCAUUUACCACUUUCUUCACAAAUGCCUCCGUUUCUUGAUCUUUUAAGUGUAGCCCACUAAUGCUAGUAGUACAUUCUUGAUAUUCUUGAUUCUUGAUUCUUGAUACUUCAAAUGGGCUGUUGUGUAAGCACAGAUGACGGGAGUUCAAGAAAAUCAAGAAAAGCUCAGAAUUUUCAAGUGGGAUCUGAUCAGUUCUUGAAAUUUAACAAAAUUCAAGAAAGUAGAGCUCCACCUUCUGUUGAAGAAGAGACUGUUAAAGAAAUACUCUCCGUUGAAACUCCUAUAUUCAAGAAUUCGUUUCAAGAAACUCGAAACCAUGUUCACAAGAAAAUACCCAUUGAUCAGAAGCCAUUUCUUGAAGAAGACGCUGACCGUGAGAAAAAGAUCAAGAAUCAUCACCCGGUGAUGAUUUUCCGGGGAGAAGACACCGCCGCCGAUGUGUCUGAACAAGAAGUUUCAGAGGUUUGUAGUGUGAGCGUAAGUGAAACAGUAUCGACGACAACUUUUAAUAAUGAGAAACACGGUGACGAUGAUGAAGAAGAGGAAGUGAAGCAGAGAGUUAGAAAAUCUCCGGUGGCAAGAUUGCCGAUUAACCGGGAUUUUGUUCCAAGAAAAGACCGGUUUUUGGUUGGUAAGUCGCCCAACCGGAGAACGGAGCAGUCGCCGGAUAAACGGAACAAUCUUGUCGGUCGUAACAGUGGUUGUGGUGGAGGAGGUGCAAUGAGGUUAGUUCAAAGUAAAGACUCGGGUAAUUAUCAUCAGGCGGGAAGAAGCGGGUUGAGAUCCGACCCGAAUAGGAAAGACCCGGGUGAGAGAUCCGGAAGGAGGUCAAGGUCACCUGCUACUAAUAGAUCUGUAAUGGGUCGGAGUCCAUCGGUAAAGAGGACGAACGGGUCCCCGGGUCGGUUCAGAACUGAUCCGUCGGGGAGUAUGGGUGGCAGUUCAAGUAAUGGUGGUGGCCGUGGUGGUGAUAGUUCAACAAAUGAGUCGUUGGAGAACCCACUUGUGUCACUUGAAUGUUUCAUCUUUCUUUAGAGGAAAAUGGUAUAUUCCGGUCGAAUAUUUUGGCCGGAAUUAGUUUAAAUUUAAGGGUAAAUUAAUGGUUCAUUUAUGUAAGCUAAGUUUGUUUAUUUGAGGGGCUAUUUAUAUUGUUAAUUUACCUCUUGUGAAUAUUAAUUAAGGUCCAUUUGAUGAUGAGGAAAAUAUGUGCAAAAUGCAAAUUCUGUUAAUUUGACAUUUAUUUCACUUUUUUUUCCUUCGUUA